CUUUUCUGGGGUUACUGUUUGAAGUAUCUUCUUUAAAGGCUGUGUGUUAUGCUUUCGGGGGGUCUCUACUGAGUUGCGCAAAGCAAAGCAUUUGUUCUCAAAAUGUCAACGAUCAAGGAGCAGCUUAUUGAGAAUCUAAUUAAGGAAGAUAAAACCUCCCAGCGGAAGAUCACCAUUGUUGGAGUUGGUGCUGUAGGCAUGGCUUGUGCUAUUUGUAUCUUAAUGAAGGAUUUGACUGAUGAACUUGCACUUAUUGAUGUCGCAGAAGACAAAUUAAAGGGAGAAAUGUUGGAUCUUCAGCACGGCAGUCUUUUCUUUCAUACUCCAAAGAUUGUCUCUGGAAAAGAUUACAGUGUAUCUGCAAACUCCAAAAUAAUUAUUAUCACAGCAGGUGCGCGUCAAAAGGUGGGAGAAACACGUCUUGCCCUGGUUCAACGUAAUGUGGAGAUCAUGAAAUCAGUCAUUCCUGCCCUAGUCCGUCAUAGUCCUGAUUGUAAGAUGCUUAUUGUCUCAAAUCCAGUGGAUAUUUUGACAUACGUGGUCUGGAAACUAAGUGGCUUACCUGUCACUCGUGUAAUCGGAAGUGGUUGUAAUCUAGACUCUGCCCGUUUCCGUUACCUAAUUGGAGACAAGUUGGGUAUCCAUCCCAGUAGUUGCCAUGGUUGGAUUAUUGGGGAACAUGGUGAUUCUAGUGUGCCCUUAUGGAGUGGGGUGAAUGUUGCUGGUGUUGCUCUGAAGAGUUUAGACCCCAAAUUAGGAACUGAUUCAGAGAAGGACCAUUGGAAAAAUAUCCAUCAACAAGUUGUUCAGGGUGGCUAUGAGGUUCUCAGGCUGAAGGGGUACACUUCUUGGGCUAUUGGCCUAUCUGUGACUGAUCUAGUAGGAUCAAUGGUGAAAAAUCUUAGGAGAGUGCAUUCAGUUUCCACUAUGGCUAAGGGCUUUUAUGGAAUAAAAGAAGAAAUUUUUCUCAGUAUCCCUUGCAUCUUGGGCCAAAAUGGUAUCUCUGAUAUUGUGAAACUUAACUUGAAUUCUGAGGAGGAGGCCCUUUUUAAGAAGAGUGCGGACACACUUUGGAAUAUCCAAAAAGACCUGGUAUUUUAAAGCCUUUUAAUGUUCCACUGUUUUAUACAGCAGAAAAUAACAAACUGUGUAUUUUACAUCUUGAAAGUAUUUUCAUUUAAUCCAGAAAAAACAAAAGAAAA